AUGGCUUCAGGCCCUCCUCUUGACCCCAUUACUCUGAAUGGGGCAGGGGAUCGCAGCAAGCGGGUCGCCUAUUUCUACGACUCCGAUGUGGGAAACUAUGCAUAUGUGUCGGGCCACCCGAUGAAGCCUCAUCGCAUCAGGAUGACACACAGCUUGGUGAUGAACUACAGUCUUUACAAGAAGAUGGAAAUCUACCGUGCGAAGCCCGCAUCAAAGUUCGAGAUGACCCAGUUCCACACCGACGAAUAUAUCGAUUUUCUCUCCAAGGUUACUCCGGAUAAUAUGGAAACAUAUGCGAAGGAGCAGAGCAAGUAUAAUGUUGGAGAUGACUGUCCCGUAUUCGACGGACUUUUCGAGUUCUGCGGUAUCAGUGCCGGUGGCAGUAUGGAGGGCGCGGCGCGGCUCAAUCGAAAUAAAUGCGAUAUUGCUGUGAACUGGGCAGGUGGUCUUCACCACGCGAAGAAAAGUGAAGCUAGUGGAUUCUGCUACGUGAAUGACAUCGUUCUUGGUAUUCUCGAGCUGCUCCGCUUCAAGCAGCGAGUCCUAUACAUUGAUAUUGAUGUUCACCACGGUGACGGUGUGGAAGAAGCCUUUUACACUACGGACCGCGUCAUGACCGUUUCAUUCCACAAGUACGGCGAGUAUUUCCCUGGAACAGGAGAACUGCGUGAUAUCGGUGUGGGUACAGGUAAAUACUACGCUGUCAACUUUCCGCUUCGCGAUGGCAUUGAUGAUGUAUCCUACAAAAGUAUCUUCGAACCCGUCAUCAAGAGCGUGAUGGAGUGGUACCGACCGGAGGCUGUUGUUCUCCAGUGUGGUGGCGACAGUCUCUCUGGUGAUCGCCUGGGUUGCUUCAAUCUCAGCAUGCGUGGACACGCCAACUGCGUCAAUUAUGUCAAGAGCUUCAACUUGCCAACCUUGAUUCUCGGUGGUGGUGGAUACACGAUGCGUAACGUCGCCCGAACGUGGGCGUUUGAGACGGGUAUACUUGUCGGAGAGAACCUCGGAUCAGAUCUGCCCUACAAUGAUUACUACGAGUACUUUGCGCCAGACUAUGAGCUGGAUGUGCGUCCGUCAAAUAUGGACAACGCGAACACACGAGAGUAUCUUGACAAGAUUCGCACGCAAGUUGUUGAGAAUCUCAAGCGCACGGCGUUUGCCCCGUCUGUACAGAUGACCGAUGUUCCCCGCGACCCGCUUGUGGAUGGCAUGGACGAUGAAGCAGAGGCAAUACUAGACGACUUAGACGAAGACGAGAACAAAGACAAACGGUUUACAAAACGACGUUUCGACCAAUAUAUUGAAAAACCAGGCGAGCUGAGCGAUAGCGAAGAUGAAGAUGAGAAUGCUGCAAAUGGUGUCAGCCGCAAACCGGCCUACCUAAAGCGGCGAGACCAAGUCAGCCACCGAUUAGAUCUUGCGGAUUCUGGUGUUGAAAGCGGGAUUGCCACACCACAUGAUGCUUCGUCGGCGGUAGACGAGGAGAUGGACCUCGGCGGUGAUGCGAGGAUGACUGAAGCGCCCGAAGUGGAGGCUGAGGCUCAGGGAACGUCCUCUUCUUCGCAGCCACCGGCUAGGGGUGAGAUUGGGUCUGCUGCUGGAGGACUCAAUGAAAUUGCGGCCGGCGCUCAAGAAUCGACCCCUACAUCAGUUCCUGUUUCGCGCCCAGAUUCUCCCAGGCCCCCAGAUGAGGACAUCACAAUGGAAGACGCGGACAAUACUGCAGCGACAUCCGAACAAGAGAGAGCGCCAGCACCGAGCGAACCUAAAGAAGGCAAGGCGGCUGAAACGGCUUCUGCUCCAGCCAUCGAGUCGGCGGCGCAGUCAAAAGCCCCAUCCGAAUUGAAUACUGAGGAGUACCAGGCGUCAGGCGAGGCUGCAGAAAGGGCUGAACCUACAGAAACGGCAACCACUCAGACCAUGGAAGAGCCCAGGGCUGGAGAGCCUUCAGCUGUGAACCCAGACCAAGAGGCCUCCAAGGCUAAGGAACCGAGCUCAGAUCCUCAGGCCGAGGCCGCAAGGAGAGAGGAAUAA